AUGGGGAUCAAGCUGAUCAUCCUAUUGGCGUUACUAGUAGGAGUGCUAUACAGUCUUCAUCUUCUAGUUCAAGACUACCAAGCGCUGACAGCUGCCUCCAAGCUCCUUCGAUUUCUCUUCAAAAGGGAUUUGAGCUCACAGAAUACCGUUAAGCCUGCCGUGCGAUGGAAGAGAAUAUUGCUAUGCGACCCGAUACAAUGCGCGAGGUACUUCUAUUGUGAACUGGGAGCGCAGCGCAACAACGAGGUGCUACAGGGCUUCGUUUAUAUGCUGACUUUAGAGCCUACGGAAAACGACAGUUCAGCCCAUGCGGUCUUCAAAGAAGCUUACGAACACGGGUUAAUGAACCCUACAAAGUGCAAAGAAAAAUACUCCAUGUGCCCCUUCAACGCCUCACUACUCUUCGAGUUGAUACGAUAUUUAUUACGUCACCCAUAAGUUUAUUUUAGUCACAGAUAACGUAGAAUAAAUUGUAAUAAUUUAACACGUCUUUUUAUCUUAAAGAAUGAGCAAAUUGCUCUGACUUUAUCUUCAUUACGUGAAUACAUUAUUUUUUGGUGAAUAAAAAGGGAUUCUUGUGAUGGCAGCACAAGGGUU